AUGCAUACCAGCGAUUCCGACUUCAGUUGCUGUGGUUUGCUUAUUUUGUUUUACCUUUCACCUCUUCAGGCCAUGAUUGAACGCAACGAUCCGAAACUGAAGUACGUCAACGAUGGAGCCGCUAUUCGUAACCCGUUCGCAGUGGACCGUCGAGUUCAAUUGGCCUAUCUGACUGCCCUAUUGUGUGUCAGAACAGCAGACGGUGGGUAUGCGUGCAAGGGUUGCGACCGGACAACCGCUCGUCUGCGUCCGAUGCAACAGCAUUUGCUAUCGCACAGCGCCAGUAAAUUCAAUCUGUGUGUCCGAUGCCUCAAGGGAUUCAAUGACAAAUACGACAUGAAGCGACACACCAGAAAACACACUUUGGUUCGGCCCUACGUGUGUCCCGAAUGCGGUCGUUCCUUCAGUCAGCGCUGUUCACUAGAGGGUCAUCGGAAGAAGAUCCACAAAAUCCGCUUGGGCUAUUCUCGAAACCAGCGACGGGAGGCAGUUCGCGUUUGUGAAUGUUGUGGGUUUGCCUGCUGCGACACUGCCCAAAUGCUGGCCCACGUCGUCCAACUGCACCCGGACAGUUCCAGCCUACCACGAUUGCGACGUCAACUUGUACGACAAGAGGAACGCAAACGUUGCUGCUUACAGUCGACUCGAUCGACAACAGAACAUAGUGCCAUGUUCGAUACAUUCACGAACACUUGCACCGGCUUUGUGGCCUCUACCAGCUGCAACGACUUGAAUGCCGUCACCUCUUCAGGAGUGAAGCCAGAAGCAACCGCGGAGACUCCAAGGACAAAAAUCGUAGAGUUCAACCGAAUGGAGUACCCAUAUAGUUUCCAUGCGUCUGAUACGCCAUUGAUGUACACCUAGGUCGACAUUCAAACACACCCGAAAACACCACGCUUGAGGUGAACUUUGAUUGGACGACGUCCCU